UGAGCAUUGUAAACACAGAAGGUACACAACCCAUCUUAAUGUUCCACUACUUUUCUUAAGAUACUUCAGCAGUCUUGGUUAUUUUUCAAUUCGAUAAGGACUUAUGUAAAACAUUCAACAAUAGUGUAGUUCGUCAGAAAAGUAUAAUGAAAAGCUAUGGGAAUGGUCAGUCAGUUGGUUUUGCUGAUGAAGUUGUUUGUUUAGACGGUGACUGGAAACGCAAUACAACAAUUGGCUUUCUACAUUUCGAUUCCGCUGUGGCGGCUCAGAGGUGGCUUAUCAGUGAUCCAAUAUUUCGUCAGCACGACUGGUUGGAUGAUGCAGAAAUAUGGAUUGUACCUUUGUGUACGGAAAUUAGACCAUGGAAUUAUUUGCAAUUGAGUUUAUUUAACUCAAUUAAUGAAGAAAACUUUAAGAACCAAUAUUUGCUUAAAUUUGAAGAGUCAGUUUCAAAAUUUGGAGGAGUACCAUUUAUUAGUUCAACUUCCUACAUUGAAGUACCUCGAGGACUAAAAGAAAUUGACUAUUUAAUUAUUACUGGAUGGCCCGAUGAGGAUAGUUCUCUUAGGUGGAACCAAAGUCAUGAAGCAGAAGAACUAAGAAAUAUGCAGGAAUCUUUUUCAAAGUCUUCGACAAUAUUGGCGAUGAUAAAACAUAAUUACUAGUGCGUCAUUAUUAUUGGUUCAUAUAUGUACACAAUUAUAAAAGCAUAAUUGUAAAAUAAACAAUUGUUUGCAACAAGAGUAGCACCUGCAACUAAAAGUAAAAACUUCACAAACAAUUAACCCGACUUCCGAGACCGUUUGUGUACUAUACUGAAUUACUAGCAUGG